GCUUGCCACGCAGUGAGGGUGAUGUGUGGGACAGGACGCAGCUGUCUCCUGCCCCUGGCCAUGGCACAUAUCCUUGUGUCGCUCGUUGUGGCGGUGCUGGGAGAGGCGAGGGCUGAGGGCGGCCGGGGCGGAGCUGUUGGCGUGGCAGAGGAGGCGGCAGGGCCGCAGCAGAGAGCCGGGGCUGAGGGGCACAGCGAUGCUCGGCCGGCGGAGCGGCGCCAUGCGGCGGUGUCGGGGCGCGGGGCUGGCGGCGCUGGCCGCGGUGCUGCUCGUGGUUUCAGGAAGAGCGCAGGUACAGCAGGAGCCAUUCCUGGAGACCACCGAGGGCACGGGAGUCAAUAUCAGCUGUUCACACCCCAGCAAACGGAGAGGCGAAUACAUCCAUUUCUACCGUCAUCUCCCGGGCCAAAGCCCCGAAUUGCUCGCACUCACUGCUGGAGGGUCCAAGGAUGUGCCGGCCAUAGCAGGAAAGCUGUCGGUGUCGGAGGACGGGCAGAGCAGCGCGCUGUGGCUCAGGCGGCCUCGGCGCGGGGACGCGGCCGUGUAUUACUGCGCGCUGGUGGCACGGGCAGAGGAGCCGGGGCUGCGGCCGGGCACGAACCGGGGCGGGCGGGGCCCGCAGGGGCCGGGGGCACAGCGCCGCCCGCGGCCAGCAGGGGGCGCUGCCGCUCCGCCCGCCGGGCCCCAGGCGGCUCCGCAGCUCCUUCAGUGCCCCGAGCCCGCGCACAGCGACAGCGCCCAGCCCGCCACGGCCCCGACACACGGCUGCCAGCCUGCCUGCUGUUUUCCCAAGCAUCCUACCAUGUGCAUUAAGCAUCUUCAUGAAAAGUUGCAAUAUCUGUAA